AUGAUCCCACUCUGGUCGCUCCCGCUGGCACUAGUCACCGGAAAUACUCUUAUCCUCAAACCAUCUGAGCGCGAUCCUGGAGCAGCUAUGAUCAUUGCAGAGCUCUGCGUGGAGGCAGGUGUGCCUCCCGGCGUACUCAACAUUGUGCACGGAGCACAUCCUACGGUCAACUUCAUUCUCGACGAGCCUAGCAUCAAGGCUAUAUCAUUCGUCGGGUCGAAUAGAGCCGGAGAAUACGUCUGGACGCGGGGAACUGCAAACGGCAAGAGAGUACAAGCCAAUCUCGGUGCCAAAAACCACGCAGCUCUACUACCCGAUUGCAACAAAAAUCAUGCCCUGAAUGCCAUCAUCGGCGCCGCAUUUGGAGCGGCUGGUCAACGCUGUAUGGCACUAUCUGCUCUCGUUCGUGUCGGUGGAACGAAGAACUGGCUGCCUCAGCUUGUGGAUAGAGCCUCACAGCUGAAGUUCACUGGUGGCUUUGAGUCAGAUGCUGACUUUGGCCCUGUGAUUUCUCCAGAAUCCAAGAAGCGGGUUGAAGAUUUCAUUGCUUCUGCCGAAGCUGAGGGUGCUACUAUCCUGCUCGACGGCCGCGGGCAGAAGCCUAAGAACAGUCUUUUCGCACAGGGCAACUGGGUCGGUCCCACCAUCAUCACGAAUGUCAAGCCACAUAUGAGAUGCUAUACCGAGGAGAUUUUUGGUCCUGUCCUUGUGUGCUUGGCUGUUGAUACUAUCGAGGCCGCUCUGGAGCUUAUCAAUAGCAAUGAGUACGGAAAUGGCGCUUCGGUCUUCACUAGCUCCGGCUCGACAGCAACAUUGUUUCAAAAGUUUCUGGAAGCCGGUCAGAUUGGUAUCAAUGUUCCAAUCCCUGUGCCGUUGCCAAUUUUCUCGUUUACUGGGAACAAGAGAUCUGUGGCCGGGACUGGCAUGGCCAACUUUUAUGGAAAAGACGGUAUUCGCUUUUAUACCCAGUGGAAGACUGUCACAAGCCUUUGGCGCGCCGAGGAUGCCCUUGCAACGGAAAAGCAAGUCGCGAUGCCAACGCAGCAGUAG